UCGUACCUUUUGGGCUUUGGGGUUCUAAAUUUUAUUUGUGUUUGGGUUUCUCGAGUGUAUAAUGAAGAUAGGAGCUUUGAUUUGGCUGUUUAUUUCUAAGUUCAGGAGGAGUUUGAGUUAAAACUGGAGUGGAGUAGUGCGGCCGAGGGUACUGAGUUAUAGCAUAAACCAGUCCAGCGCUAGGAAAUCCCAUAUGUGGUUAUUAGCUUAAUGGAUGGAAAUACAAGAGUGGUAACCUGUAAUUGCAAUGAGCUAUUCGAAAAUCUAGUGAAAAAGGAGGCUGGAUCACCUGUUGUUUGUGAGGAAACUAGUGAAAUGCAGACAGUGCAUGAGAAUGAACCAAGUGAGCUUCAGCAGAGACAGGAUAGUGAGAGUGGGAGCCAUGCUUCAAAAAUUAAGGAUAUUUUGUCAGAAACCAAACAAAACGCUUACGAUUUACAGAAGAGACAAAACUUUGAUGCUGAAAGUGAUGAUUCAGAAUCCUGUGAAGAAGUAAGGACUCCAGCCAAUGAUAAGGAUUCAGAAUUCUCAAUAACAUGUCGACAAAUAAGGAUGCAGAAGCAAAUUUCAAAACCUGAGGUUUCUUCAGUAGAAUCUAGUCCACAAAUAGUCACUCACCUAUUAAAAGAUGAGAAAGCUUCAGAAUCCCAUCUGAGGAAGAUCUUGGGUUUUGAAGAUCAUAGCUUGAAGUCUGACGAAGUAGUACCUGAAGAUGUAACCAAAAUUCAGAGUGGUGCACCUGAUAGUUUGAACAUGAAAAAGAAGCCUCGUUCAGGGUUACAUACUUCAGAAACCAAUGAUCGUCAAAACACAUGUGGAAACAAGAAUAGGGUGCCAUCCACUUCAAAUUCAAUACAAGGUUUUGUGGACACAUCUAGAUCAAAAUCUGACAUACAGAAGCCGGAUUGUUCCACUAUGCCUGAAAAGGCUCUGAAAAAGUUGCAUCCAAGGCGAAACCCAGAUGCUGGAGGCAUGAGUUCACUACUUGAUCAGGUGGCCAUUCCAUGGAGUGUACAUGAAAAAAUGCAAACUGUACCUAAAGAACCUGAACUUGACACUUCACUGGCACAGAGCUCAGAUGCAGGAAAUAGUGUAUUAGAUAGCAUAGAGGAAAAAUGUACUUCAAUAGAAAGGGUAGCAGACAUGGCACAUCCAUUACAAUUGUCUAGUUUAAAGAUGGGUGAACCUGCAGCUCAAUCUGAUCAAGCAAAUUUUACAUAUGCCAGAAGAAACGAAAAAGUGGAGAAACUACAGCCAAGGCGAAACCCUGACCCGAUAGCUCAAGGGACACAAUCUGUUGUUGGGACUACAUUGCAAUCACCAGAGAAGGGAUUGGGAUUGGAUGAGGGCUACAGGUGGAGAAAAUAUGGACAGAAGGUAGUGAAGACUAACCAUUCAAUCCGAAGCUAUUAUAGAUGCACUUAUCCCAAUUGCCAAGCUAAGAAGCAAAUCGAAAGACCAGAUGGUGGGUGCAAAUCUUAUGUCCACUACUUUGGCAAGCACCAACAUCCAAAACCCGAGCAUUGCCUGGCAGCAUCUUCUUUUAAACGGAUGCCAGAUAUAACUAUCAUAUCUACAUCAAAAAGUGAUGAUGAACCACUCUUGGGACAAGAUGGUACGAAUCUCUGGCCAGUGCAAGUGCAAAUAGUGGCCUCAAAGCUUGAUGAUGAAGCAGUAACAGUAUCCUGUUCAUCAGCUGAUAAUGGCAAGGAUGGCAUUCCAGACUCUAAACGACGCUAUUGCCUAUGCAGGAAGACAGAAACAAUUUCCUUAGAAGAAGAUAAAAAGCCUCGUAGUGAUGUACGUCAUGUGGUUCAAACUUUGAGCGAGGUUGAUAUUGUGGAAGAUGGUUACCGCUGGCGUAAAUAUGGGCAGAAAUUUAUCAAAAACAAUCCAAAUCCUAGAAGCUAUUAUAGGUGCUCAAAUGCGGGCUGCAUAGUCAAGAAAACUGUGGAGAGAGCUUCUGAUGACCCAAAGAUAGUUGUAACAACAUACGAAGGAGAUCACAACCACACCAUGCCCAUGCCCCUCUCCGCCACAGCAAACCAAAGCAUUGCUCCCAGCCGAGGCUAUGGUAAUGAGAGUGAGCCAUCAUCCAAUCCAAUCCACGAGAUCCAUUCUAAGGACACACAUGGCGAUCCAUCCAUUACAAACCCUGAUAAUUCCACAACUGCUCGGGCAUCGUCGUCGUCAUCAUCCUCAGUUUAGUAGAGUAUCUUACCAGACCUUCAUCUUCUUUCUUCUUCAUGCAGUUGGUUUAACUUGUUAAUGGAUUCUAGUGAUGUGCUGUGCUGCUUUGAAAUGUAAUAUAUAUUCCAUUAUGUCAAUCAAUCUAUCCAUCUGUAUCCUUUGCUGCUACUGAUGGAUAUGAUAAUGAUAGUGAUGCAAGAGAAUUACAUUGCCA